GUGAAAAGGCCUUCAGGUGGCAGGAAGCGUUGGCUGUGCUGCAGGAAGCCCUCGGAAGCCAACUGAGGCCUCAGUUGAGCUGCUUCAACGCAGUGAUUAGUGCCUUUGAGAAGUGCCAGCAGUGGAUGAUGGCGGCGCAGAUUUUCCAGGAGCUUCCUCAAAGGCGCCUUGCUCCUGACAGGAUCAGCUUCAACGCCCUGCUGAGUGCCUGCGCGGGUGCCUCGUUGUGGACCCGCGCUCUGGAGCUCCUGGAGCAGAUGACGAGCUGUGCCGUGGAGCCCGGGAGCAUCACGCGCAACGUGGUCAUCACGGCAUGUGAGAACGCUCUUCAGUGGGAAGUUGUGCUUCAGUUGCUUGAGCCCGACAAACCCAACGGGGCUCCACAAAGUGCCACCAACUUGCAUCACUCGGCUUGGUGGCUCUCCAAGCAGAGUCCUUCCAAGAUCUCCAAGCAGCGGGCCCUCGCCCUGGCACAGCGAGCCGUAGGGAAGCUGCAGGACUUCAAAGUCAAAGAGCUGGUGAGUCUCCUGAGAUCAUUCAGCUCCAUGCUGGUGUCGGAUCCCACCCUCUUCGGCCGCGCCGCAGAACGCCUGGUUUUGGACACGGGCACCACGGGGAUGUUGCAGACGCAGGAAUUCGCCAACCUCGCCUGGGCCUUUGCAUCCACAGGCUCCAACACUCAAAUCUUCCCAGCCAUUCAACGUGCUUUGGUGCAACGGGGACAAGCCUUGGUGGAAGAUGGAAAGAGUGUUGAGGAUGAUCCUGUCGCACGAGACUAUGCGGAAGGGAUGCUUGGCGUGGUGUGGUCACUGAACUAUGCAGGGCUGUUGUCUGAAGCGUUCCUAAACUUUGCCACCUCCACGUUGAAGCGGCUGACUGGCAGUGCAGCGCAGUUGGCUGAGUCCUGGCCCAGGACAAGCUGCAGCGAUGUAGCGGCGGACGCUCCUUGGGUGGUGGUGGAAAGUCGCCAGGCGAUGGUCCUGCUGAAACCUGCAGGUUGGCAGGUGGACGAUGAUGACCAAGUCCUGUCAGAUGAUGUGUGGUCUUUGUCAACUUUCGUCUCGCAGAUGCUGCCGUUGCGGCGCUGUCCGCUGAUCGGUGCCAAGCCCUUUAGCCGCGGCUUUUUGCAUCGACUAGAUGUGCCGACGUCAGGUUUAAUCCUCGUGGCCAAAAGCGUCUCGUCCUUCUACGACUUGCGAUUGCAGUUGGCCAGCGGCCGGCUCCAGCGGGACUACCAAGCCCUUUGCCACGGAUCCCUUAGCCCCUCCCGUCACGAAGUGCGGGCAGCGGUCCACUGGUGGUCCGAUGGUCGUAGCAGCAGCAGCUCCAUCGGAUGGUUCGGUCGUCCAUCCAUCACCACCUACCGCCCUGGGGACCCCGGGGACCCCGGGACUUCUGGCGGGACGCUGCGUGGGCGCGGCGUGGCGCUGACAAUGCGCUGCAUUCGGAUCGUCACCGGCCGAAAGCAUCAGAUCCGAGUGCAUUCGGCACACAUUGGGCACCCAGUGGUGUGCGACGGGAGAUACUCUACAACAGCAACCUAUCAGCUCGACCUGAAUUGGUGUCCAAGAAAUUUCUUGCACCGUUACAGCUUGCAGUUUUGCACCGAUGGCACCACCAUGACCGUGUCGUCAUCGCUGCCCAAUGACCUGGCCGAUGCACUCCGCCGUGGCUUCAUGAAAAAUGCUGAGUUCACCAUGGUGCAUCAAAAAUGCUGA